GCCGCGCAUUUUGCGUCGUCGUAUGAGUGUCCGUUCCGAGCCAUUCAGAUGUUCGUGGUUGUUCGUGGUGUAGCGAUUGUUGACAGUUACUGAGUCUUUUAAUUAUUAGUGGCACUGGAGCCUCCUCCGUUCUCGUCCGGCAGCUUCGGCCAAGCAGCUGUGUAUUCUAACGGCCACCGUCACGUAUCACGGCAAAUCCAGCCGCAUCGUCGUCGACGUCGAGAGGCUUCAGAAUUGGCCGCAACAAUGAGUAGUAGAUCACAGAUGACAGCAAUGAAUGGAAAGAGGCCUUCCUCGAUACCUUCUAGACAUCAGCCAGAAACUCUGGCACAGCACUUUGAUUUGAUUAAGUAUAUCUAUGAUUCAUGGAACUCUGUAUCUAGAGAGCUAGAUAUGUCUCACAAUCAACCACUCAAUAAUGCCCCCACGCCAUAUAGAUAUGGCGCAUCAAUUACAUAUUAUCAAGAACGUGAGCCAAACCCUCAGCUAAAAGAUUUUGAGCCAUUCAAUUUAGAGCAAUGGUGGGGACAACGUGUUGUACAAAGUGUUAGUACUAGGAAUUCAAAUUCCUAGUGCCAGGCCCAUCACGUUGACUAUAAUCGAACAUUUUCAAAUAGACAUAAGAAACAAAAGAGGUAAAUGAAGAAUUAAAAAAUUAAAUCUGUUUUUAUUUAUGAACAAAAUUUAUCAUCUACUUUAAAUUGACGAAAAACGAUAGUUUAGAUAUAUGUAGUAUCCCUGGACGACUUUUGAAUCUUUCGAGAAAAAAGGAAAUACAGUAGCAUCAAACAAAUAUAAAAGCGUAAAAGAAAAAGAGAAAGAUAUAGCUACAAAAUAAUAGAAAUAGUACGUUGCUAUGAUAUAACAUUCCUCUUAUCCUUGAUUAUAUUUUAAUGAGAUAUCUCUUUCUGGAUCGCAUGUUAAACAAAAAUUAAGAGAUAAAAGCUUUUUCUCGUUUUUAAUAUUAUCUUUGCAAAUCUUGAGAAAGACGUUUCAAUAAUUAAGAACGUUAUAAUACAAUGCCGAACUAUUUAUUUUAGCCACUAAAUAAUACAAAGUAUGUAAUUAUACAUAAAAUAGAAUUGUAAGACAUAAUUUACUAUAAUACCGAAUUUCCACCGUUAUUUAAAGAGAAAUUUAAGAUAAUUAUACGCCUUUUUAUCUCCUUGGACACGUUGAGCGAAAUAAAUUUGUUGCUCAACAAUGCACAAAGCAUUUAUGGAGUGCUCAAACUUAUUUGAUAAAAAAUUGCAUAGACAAAUUUUAGGGGUUAUACCUUUUUAGAAUAUACGCGUAAAUGUACUCUUUUUCACAUGUUGCAUUUUACAUUUUCAAGAUUUUUCACCGUCACGUCCAUAAAGUGACUGCACUUUAGCUAAAUAGUUACUUUAGCUAAUACAUAAAAUAUAAAUAAAAAUGUUUUCCACGUCUGGAAGGAGAUUUUAUUAAUAUACGAAAUAGGAAAUGCCGCACUUGAAAUUAAUGAUCAUAAUAUGAAAUAGUGUGAUAGUUAUUGCGAUUUUAAAUAUGAUCAAUAUGUAUGUAUGUAUAUGUACAUCUAUGAAUGUAUAGCUAUUAUAUAAGUUUAAACAGGUAAUGUUUCUAAUGAGAAAACAAUAAGAGACAAUGUCUUUCUACAAUA